AUGGACUGGUUGCUAGAGGGCCUGCUUGGGGCUGAGGGGGACAAGGGGCUUCUCUGGGGCCAGCUGACCCAUUCCCUCGCCUGCAGAUACUGUGGCAGCAGUUGCCUCCAGAGUACAGGGAAUAUAGUGAUACUAUUCCUAUUCAUGGUUUGGCAGAUCCAGAGGUGGUGGCAACUUGGGAACUGGCGAAAUCUUCAGCCCUGGUACUCUGGAGACAUGAUGCAAGGCAAGGGCCUAUCACUUCUAUACCAUGUGGCUUUCCUUGGUCAUCUGUGGAAGCAGAAGUCAGAGGAGGAAGAAGAGGAAGAAGAAGAGGAGGAAGAGGAGGAGGAAGAGGAGGAAGAGGAGGAGGAAGAGGAGGAAGAGGAGAAAGAAGAGGCGGUAUCUCUGGAUCCAUUGAAGCCAUAUUUUCUUUCCAAAGAAGUUCCUAUUGGACAGCAAGCCACCACAGCUCCAUCCCAACCAUUCUGUGAUCCUGAGAGCCUCCACCAGACCAUAGAGACAACAGAGCUAGUAUUCAGACAGACCCUAAGCCCUCCUAGAUCAUUCCCCACCUUUCAGAUCCUGACCAACCUACCUGAGAGGCAUAAGACAACAGCAGACAGUGGUCUACAGCAGAGAAAAAGCCAGCUCUUCUGGGGGCUCCCUUCUCUGCACAGUGAGUCCUUGGAGGCCAUCAUCCUGAGUUCAGGUGGCCCCUCUCCCCUGAAGUUAUCUGUUGGUCCUUCUGUCUGCUUCAACAAGUUUUCUUUCCUACGUAAGUCCAACCUGCUGUUUCCCCAGUAUUGCUCCCCAACUCAACUUCCUACCCCUGAAGUCCAUACUACAAAAGAUCUGGAAGAGAUGGCCCCUAAUCCUCGGCAACUUCCCUCUCCACUUUCCCCUUUUGUCCCAUCACUACCCCUCCAUCUUAAGUGCUUCCCCAUAGACCACAAAGGAGUCCAUUCAGGUGCUCAGGCACAUACGGAGUGGCUUCUGUGGCAGGGAGUGGCCCCUCAGGUCUCUGAGGAUCAAGCCCUGCACCCACAGCCUGAACUCCAAAGAACCAGACCCUCCAAGUUUUCCCCCUUAUCUGAGGUCUGGCAGGGGAGGCCAUGGGAUCCUGGCUUCCCACAACACAUCCCAGAUCCACUCUCUGCCUCUCUGCUGUCUCCCUCUAACUUUCUGGGAGUCAUGACUAAGUUUGAGGCUCCAUGGAGGACCAUGGUGCAAAAGGAGGAUCCCAAAGCCUUUGAGACAGCAAUGCUAGUUCCCAGCCCAACCCCAGCCUCUCUGCCAGAACUCCAGGGAGUCAGCCCUAUAGGAGACCUGUAUGGAUCUGAGGACCACUGGAAAAACAGAAGGCAAAAUGAGAAUCCUCAGGUUUCUAAGCCUCCAAUCCUGGCCCCUUUCCAAUCUGUAGCCCCCAUAACAGAGCCUCAAGGAACUAGACCCCUGGAAGUUCCCCCUGGAUGUGAGUCUCAGUGGAGAACCACAGGACAUAAAAAGAGUCCUCAAGCCUCUAGGCUCCCAAUGCCAGCACCUUACCAAUCCGAUUCUCUGUCAGAACCCCAGAAAGUCAGCUCUGAAGGACCACCUAUAUCUAAGGACUUCUGGGGAACCACAGAAUACACACAGAAGCCUCAGGCCUCUGGGUAUCUAAUGCCAGCCCCCUGUCCUCCCUCAGACCCCCAGCAAGAAUUCCAGAGAGGCAGUCCCCUGGGAGAUUUAUCUGGAUACAAGCCUCACUGGGAAUGCAGAGGAAAUCCACAAGCUUUUAAGCCCCCAGCCUUGGAACUUAACCCAGGAUUCUAUGGUACCAGCCCUGCAGGUAUCCCAUCAGGAUCGGAGACUCUAUGGAAAGGCAUGCAAAAGACAGAACAUCUUUGGGUUUCUGAAGACUCAGUUUCAUCUCCCAGCCUUCCUUCAGCCUGUCUGCUGGAGUCUCUAGGAAUGGGCCCCCAGGGAGUCUUAUCUAAGUCCAAGGCUUUGUGGGAGACUAUGAGGCAGGUAGAGAACCUCAAGACCUCCGAGUCUACAGACCCUUCAUGGGGGGACAUGAAGCAGAAAAAAAUCUGUUGUGCUCCUGUGUCCCCAUUCUGGGACCCCAGCCCAUAUCCAAAUUCUAUGUCAAAGUCUCACUUAAGUGAGCCUAUAAGAGACCAAGGCAACUAUAAGCCUGAGGGGGAAGCAUUGGAACAGAAAGAGAACAGCUGGGCCACUGAGCAACCAGCCCUAUCUCCCAACACAGGUUCUGCUCCUCUAACAGGUCCACACAUUGACCCUGAGUUUGUGUGGGGGAAUGUGCAACAAAGAGAGACCCCCCAAGGCCCUAGCCCUCCAACAGUGGAUUCCCUGCAGCCAAUAAACUGGCCUCCCACCAUAGCUGGAGCUCUGAAGACUGAGCCCAACCAGCCUGGUCUACCAAAGGAAGACCUGUUCCCAGGAGCUAAGGCAGAGAUUCCACACUCCCAGAGAGAGGCUGACCUAGAGAUAGCCACCCAUUCUGGGAUCCAGGCCUGGCACUGGAGUAAAGAAUUAGAACUCAGGCUGAAGAAACUACAGCUGAGCCCUGCUUCCAGAUCCCCUGGUCCAAGUCAAUCAUUUGGCAGCUCCCCUGCCCUGAGCUCCACAACUCCUGGCACUUGGAGACUCUCUUCCUGCUCUUCACAGCAGACGUAUCCCCCCAAUCUGUGCUCCCAGUCUUCAAACUGUCAACCCCCACAAGCUGAGAGCACAGUGACUCAGCCUGUCCAGGUCUCCCACUGUUAUCACUCCCACUCCUCUUCCCAUCCUCAGACACAAGGGUCAGGUAGGGCAGAACAAAGGUUUCAGAGAAAGGAAAGAAUGAAGGCAAAGAUGGUGGCCCAGGUCUCACUUCAGGGACAAUCUGUUCACAUGGAGGCUGAUGAGAACUGCCCAGGCUUGAGAGGGCCCUCAAACCCCGAGGUUCCAGUCUCAGGCAACAGACAGAACAAGGCUUCAGUCCUAUCUUCAGCCAAAAAGAGAGAGAACCCCAGGAAACCCAAAUCUGGAGACCACAGUGGAGGGGAUGCAAGAUUGGGGUCAUUCACAGUUACAGGGAAGAGCCAUCCAGCCCAGGCCAGACUUUCCCAAAGAUCUCAGCACAGGGACCAGAGCUCUCUCCACACUGCUCUCCCCCAGCAGCUUCGCUCCAAGGCUGCAGGCCCCCAAGAUAAGCGAGGAGCAGAGCUGAGAGCUGGUGAUAUCCUGAUCCCUCGGCACUGUAAGCACUGCUGCCCUUGGGCCCAAAUGGAGAAACAUCUCUCUCCCCCCACACCUAAGCCUCCCCUUACCAGGGGUCUCCAAAGGAUAUUCGCCAAGCUUCCGGGUACCCAUGGACCCCUGCCCACCAAAUCCAGUCAGCAUGAGAAAAAAGCUGAUAGUAUUGGCAGCUGAGGGCUGGGGAAACAAGCAGAGGAAAUCCUAAUAAACUAGCUAAAUUAGACAAAUCCCACUCGUUUCUUUGGAGUCUGGGAUAUUGGGAAUGUCAGUUCCCUAUUAACUUCUCCAUCAACUACAUUCCCUCAGAAUCAGGUCCCUAAAAUAGAGAGCUCAGGAUUCUGCAGGCUUAACUUUCUUUUCAAGCCCUUCACAGAUAGAUGAUCAAUCUGGGAUCCACACACCCCUACUCUAUAGGGUGAAGCUGAAAGGCCAGGGAGCACAGUCCAGU